UUGGGUUUCUGCUUCCUUCACCAAGACAAUGGUCAAGAAGCAGACAACUGCAGCGCAAUCUGCACCUGCAACCACCAAGCCAGCUGCGGCCACCAAGGUGGCUGGAUCGCAGCAGCAGCAGCAGCAGCAGCAGAAGGGCAAGCAAGUGAAGACCUCGAGCGCGGUCCACAUGGCCGCCAGCGCCGCACCCGCUCCCACCGCCAGCGCUGCCUCCUCCGCCAAGCACGGCGCAAAGGCCAGCAGCCAUGCCAAGGAGCAUGGAUCCAACGGCAAGGGCGUCCAGGCUGCGGCGAACGGCCAGCACGGCGCAAAGAAGGCCAACGGAACCCAUGUGGUCCCUGCCGCCGCCGCCGCCACUGCCGCCAAGGGCAAGGGCAAGGCCCCCGUCGCCCAGCCGGCUGCCGAUUCCGAAGAUGAGGACGACGAGGACGAGGAGCCCGAAGACGAGUUCGACGACGAGGAAGAGUUCGAGGAGGAAGAGCUCGAGGAGGAAGAGCCGGAAGACGAGGACGAGGACGACGAUGCACAAGCCGAAGACGACUCUGACACCCAGCCCAUGCAGACUGAAAGCAGCGCUGGACGCGACGAGUGGGCUCGUGAGCUUGCCGGCGGCGCCGACGCGCCAGUUCAGGGCAGCACCGCGACCUCGCGCGUGCCAUUCUCGUCGCUCGCUGGCACCGUGUCGGACAAGACGCUCCAAGCCAUCGCGGACAUGAAGUUUACACACAUGACUGAGAUCCAACGCCGCUGCAUCCCGCCGCUGGUUGCCGGCAAGGAUUUGCUCGCUGCCGCCAAGACGGGCUCGGGCAAGACGCUCGCCUUCCUCAUCCCUGCGAUCGAGCUCAUGUCCCAGCUCAACUUUAUGCCACGAAACGGCACUGGUGUUAUUAUCAUCUCGCCCACCCGCGAGCUGUCGCUGCAAACGUACGGCGUGUGCCGCGACUUGCUCCGCCACCACAACCACACCUUUGGCCUUGUGAUGGGUGGCGCCAACCGCAAGCAGGAGGCCGAAAAGCUGUGCAAGGGCAUCAACAUUUUGAUUGCCACCCCCGGUCGUCUUCUCGAUCACUUGCAAAACACCAAGGGCUUCAAUUUUAAGCACCUCGAGAUGCUCAUCAUCGACGAGGCUGAUCGAAUUCUCGAAAUCGGUUUCGAGGAGGAAAUGAAGCAAAUCAUCCGUCUCCUCCCCAAGGAUUCACAGCGCCGCACCGUUCUGUUCUCGGCCACCCAGACCCGCAACGUUGAGGAUUUGGCUCGCAUUUCGCUCAAGAAGGAGCCCCUCUACAUUGGCGUUGAUGACGAGAAGAUUGUCGCCACUGCCGAGGGCCUGGAGCAAGGCUAUGUCGUCUGCAAGGCGGGCCAGCGCUUUUUGCUGCUCUUCACCUUCCUCAAGAAGAACCAGAACAAGAAGGUCAUGGUUUUCUUCUCUUCCUGCAACUCUGUCAAGUUCCAUUCCGAGCUGCUCAACUACAUUGAUCUUCCCGUUCUGGAGAUUCACGGUCGCCAAAAGCAACAAAAGCGUACAAACACGUUCUUUGAGUUCUGCAAUGCAAAGACUGGCAUUCUGCUCUGCACAGACGUGGCGGCUCGUGGUCUUGACAUUCCGGCCGUUGACUGGAUUGUUCAGUACGAUCCCCCGGAUGAUCCGAAGGAGUACAUCCACCGUGUCGGUCGUACCGCUCGUGGCGUGAAUGGCAGUGGUCAUGCACUGCUCUUUUUGCUCCCCGAAGAGCUUGCAUUCCUCCGCUAUCUCAAGCAGGCCAAGGUGCCAUUGAAUGAAUACGAGUUCCCCGUGAGCAAGAUUCACAAUGUUCAAUCUCAGCUUGAAAAGCUCAUCGAGAAGAAUUAUUACCUGCACCGCUCAGCUCGCGAUGGCUACCGCUCGUACCUGCAGGCGUACGCUUCGCACGCUCACCGCUCCAUCUUUGAUGUCACCAAGCUUGAUUUGCAGCAAGUCGGUCAGGCCUUUGGCUUUACUGCACCCCCGUCUGUGCAAUUGAACGUUAAUUCAAGCAAAGAGGGCCAAGUCCAACGGCGCGGUGGCGGUGGCGGCUAUGGCGCUGGCUACCAGAACGCUCGAGAGGCCAACAAGUCGCACAACUUCCGUUCCGGCGAGCGAUUCUCAAAGGACUCACGGCAGUUCUCCCGAUAAUGCCUUUGAAUUGCUUUUUUUGUUUCAUCAGCUCCUGUCUGCGCAUUGAUAUGUUUUUGGUAUUGUUUCAAAGCGUUGGAACUGGAAUGUCUGAAAAAGUUAAAACAACAGCAUUUUGGAGUUUCAAUGGUAUUUCGAG